AUGUCCAAACUUUCGAAAGAUUACGUAUCGGAUUCAGACUCUGACGAUGAAGUGAUAUCAAACGAGUUCAGCAUACCAGACGGUUUCAAGAAAUGUAAACAUUUGAGGAAUUUCCCCCUCAACUGCGAUAACAAAAAGAAAUCUAAACAGCAACAGGUUUGGCUGAUCAAGUUCCCAUCAAAUGUUGACAUUUCUAAGCUAAAAUCUCUGCCAGUAGAUUUUGAAUCCUCCACAACAAUGUCAAUUGAUAAACACAAUUAUAAUAUCAUGGACGAUACAGACAUUGAGUCUUCGUUAACACAGGAUAAUCUCAGUAAUAUGACGUUGUUGGUUCCUUCAGAAAGUAAGGAAAACCUUAAAAUUGCCAGUACGGCCAAAGAUAAUACACCAUUACAAUUUGACAAAGUCUUUUCUAUCAGUGAAAAUGCCAAAAUUCCAGCUAUUGAUUACGUUAAAGUAAGAGUUCCACGUAAAGAUGUUCCAAAAGUGGAAGGCUUGAAGUUGGAACAUUUUGCCACAGGUUAUGAUGCCGAAGACUUUCAUGUGACUGAGGAUGUGAAAGAAGAUAAGAAAGAAUCAAAAAAACGUUCACAUCACGACAAUGAGGAGAGGUCUAGUGACAAGAAGAAGAAGAAGAAGGAAAAGAAGGAGAAGAAGGAGAAAAAGGAAAAAAAGGAUAAGAAAAUGAAACAUAGGGAUUGA